AUGGGGGUUGAUCUCGCAGAUAUUGAGACCGGUUCAGCCGCGAAGGACCCAAGUCUGAGAGAUAACACGAAACAAGCGCCGGCAGAGGGCAUCGAUGUUGACCAGGGGUUCCUUACGAAACUGCAAAGUUUUACUGAAAGAUAUGGAGUUGAGCAGAGGGGAAUCGAGCCUGUGCUCGAGCAUGAAAGGACGGACACCACGACGUUGAAAUUGGGUACACUGUGGUUUUCGUGCAACCUGGUCGUUAGCUCAUUUGCAAUUGGGGUCCUCGCGGUGCCGGCUUUCGCAUUGGGGUUUGUUGACGGCUUUCUCGUUAUCCUCCUUUUCAACAUCCUUGGAGGUUUGCCGGUGUGUUUCUUUUCGACACUUGGGCCCAAGUUCGGGAUGAGACAAUUGGUUCUUUCGCGAUUCUAUUUUGGAUAUUAUGGAGUGAAAUUGGCUGCCUUUCUCAACGCCCUGGGAUGUCUGGGUUGGUCGUCUGUUAAUGUCAUUGUGGGAGCGCAACUCAUCCUAGCGGUUGACAACAACGUCCCCAGCUGGGCGGCAAUUACCAUGAUCGGCGCUGCCACAUUUGUCGUAACCCUCUUCGGCUACAGGGCCGUCCACACAUAUGAGCUAUACUGCUGGAUCCCGGUAUUCAUAGUAUUUGUGAUUAUCAUGGGAAUCUUUGCGCAUUCGGGAGAUUUCGAGAAUCUUCUGCUCAAAACAGGCAUUCCUGAAAUAGCACCAGUCCUAUCGUUUGGCUCUGCCGUCUUCGGCUUCAUAACUGGCUGGACCUGUCUGGCCGCUGACUACUGCGUGUAUCAGCCGGCAACCGUUAGCCGGAAGAAGAUCUUCCUUGUCGUAUUCUUCGGUCUGGUCCCUUCCCUCGUUUUCACAGAAGCUCUGGGUUUGGCCAUUGUCACCGCUACCGUGAAUAAUCCGGAGUAUGCGGCAGCCUACCGCGAUAACCACGUUGGAGGCUUGCUUGCACAUGUUUUGUUCCCUAGCCUAGGAGGAUUUGGUAGAUUCUGCUUGAUCAUCCUGGCUCUGAGUAUUGUUGGCAACAAUUCCCCGAAUAUCUAUUCGUUUGGGUUCAGUCUCCAAAUUCUCCAUUCACAGACCCAGCGUGUGCCUCGUUAUGUCUGGUCAUUUAUUGGAAGUUUGAUAUAUGUUGGAGUUGCAAUUCCAGGCUUCCUUCAUUUCGAAUCUGUAUUGGAGGGUUUUAUGUUGAUCACUGGGUACUGGCUGGCCAUCUAUGAAGCCAUCUCUCUGGGAGAACACAUUGUGUUCAGAAGGGGAACGAGCGGCUACAACGUAGAAGAUUACGACACGCCUUCGAAGCUGCCUCCAUCCUUUGCCGCGUUUGGAGCUUUCUGCUGUGGUGUUGGGGGUGUUGUUGUUGGGAUGUCGCAAAGAUGGCUCGUUGGGCCCAUUGCCAAAAAGAUAAGCAGGUCUGGGGGCGAUAUUGGAUUUGAACUGGCAUUUGGGUUUGCACUUGUCUCUUUUAUGGUGUUUCGGACGGCGGAAAGGAGUUAUUUCAAGCGAUAA